AUGACAAGUUGUGAUGAUCAAAUUCAUUUUCUUAUUUUACCUGUCAAUAUGACACAUCGUUUGUUAAUUGUAUUGAGCAUCGCUACAUUGAUAUCUAUUGAAAAUGUUCGUGGCCAAUGUACGGAUUGCACACGUGAUCAAGGUUGUUGUAUGGGUCUCAUGCGUGGCCAAUGGUCUUGUUGUGCUGGUAUUGGUUCCAAUUUAAAUAAUCAACAAACAACACCAUGGAAUUUCAAUUUACAAAUAAGUUAUGAUGUUUAUGUUUGGAAUUGUGGUUCAUCAACUGUUGAUCCGUUACAACAAUAUACUAACGUUUCAUGUAUUUUAGAUGGCCGAUGGUCAUUAAAUCAAUUAACUUUUCAAUUACGAUCUGUACCAUCGAAUGAUAUGAAAACGAUUAUUGGUAAAUAUACAAUGAAAAAUAAGCAAUCAGAAAAAAUUGCUUUUCAAGCUGAUUCACAAUGGGCUUUGACACUGCCAGUCGAUAGCAAUGCAAAGCCGGGAAUUUAUGAUGAAAUUGAAUUCAAUUAUGCUGGUUUUAAUUAUACGUAUUAUUUUGGUUAUGGUCCAUAUCCACAUUGUCCUCGAUGUUAA